GAGCUCGAGCUGUCAUCAGCGGUGUUCGCGCGCGCGUCUCACGUACCGUGGUCCGCGUUUACCGUGUCGGGAGUAUACGUGCCGGUGCCGGUGACGCGCAGCGUGCUCGUGCCGGUUUACUCGGACGCGUCCCCGACAGUGUCACCGGUGGUACGCGUUACGAAAUCGCGUCUUUUUUUCCCCCGUCGAAAAAGCCGAACGGCCGCCGCGCACGGUGGGUGCGCACGCAAGGGAGAACGGCUCGCUCCGCUCGCCGCCGCCGGCUCGGCCAGUCUACUGGAAGAUUCCAUUGUGAGAGUGGGCUUUCGAAAAGUUUCGCGGAAAUCACCGGCGAGACCUGCCACGGACAACCGUCGCCGAGCCACCGGGACGCCGUCCAGGGCAGACCAGGUGCUUCAUGGACUAAAGUAACAUCCUUGGAAAAAAGUAGACUAUCAUUUGGAAAAUUUUGCGAAAAGUUUGGUAAAAUAACGCAUACGGUAAUGAUGUAAAGGAAAAUGUGAUUCUCGGUUGGUGAUUACGUUGACACAGAAAAAACGAGAAACAAACCGUAUAAUAGAAACCGUGGUAGUAAAGUAAAGAGAAGAAAAGAGAUAGAAAAGAAAGAGAAAGACGAGCGAGCACUAUAUAAAAGGUAUAGAAAUAGAAGAAAGAAGAGGAGAGACGCAUUGCGAUCGCAUCCGAUCAGGCUAAAACGCUCUCUCGGUCGAUCGUUUUCUCUGUGGAAGUUGACGAUUACUGUCGCUGUUUCGAGGGAAGAUUGCUCGACGAGCUCGCAAAAUAGGCGAAGGUACCACCGUCUCUUAGCGAAAAAGAGAAAAGGCGAAUUGGAAGGAAGAAAAGUGUAGAUAUCCCGCUGGUCCAUCGCGCACUGUUUAUCCUGGGAAUCGAGCCGAGCGCUCGGGCGCCUCGAUACUUCGUGCGAUUGCUUUCAAAGACGAAAGAAGGAUUCCGCAAGGAUCGGGCAGAAGGAAAACAACGUGCGCGACGAUACAGGAAAAGGGAGAUGUACCGAGAGCCGAGCAAUUCGUCGGGCAGCGGCGCCUCCACCAAGGGCGACGAAGUCGAGCUUGUCAGUAGAUUCCUGGCGCCGCUCUGCGCUAGAGACGAAGCGGCAAGGAACAUCGCCUUAGCCGCGGCCAGGACCACUGUCGAAGGAUGGCUGGGCGGCGUCGGCAGUCCAAAUCGCUGGGAGGACGCUGGCGACAUCGAGGACACCAAGACCGCGAGUGGAAAAUUCUCCAGUUCUCAGGACGGAAGAUACGAUAUGAGCGUCGAACGGUCGCCGACGAAAUCGUCGCCGAGGAGUGUGCAGCAGCAGCAUCAGCAGCAGCAGCAACAGUUGUUGCACGAUACGUUUCGAACGGAGGGUUUUUUCCCGCAAAGCAUCAAUGACAAUCCACCUCCGUAUCUCGAGGACAACAAUCCCGAAUGUUCGUUCGAUUGCGUGGACGGUCGUCUUUUGAACGAAAGGCGAUUCCGCGAGCGAUACGCCAGCGGCGACGGCGUCGAGAGCUGUAGAUCCGGUCAUUCGACGUCUUCAGACGAGGGUAGUAAGAGUUUUAACAUUGAAGGCAGAUGCCCGCGCUUCGGUUCGAACAGCGAGACCGAAAGGAAGCAUCCCGGCUCAUCGUCGAGUGAUAGGUCGACAAGCGAUGAUUAUUGCUCCGGUAGAGCGAAGAACAAUUAUGUGAAGGUGAAGGGCGCUAAGCAGAAGCAGCUGGAAGAUGACGAGCUUGAUGCGGAUACCCGCGUGUAUGGCAAAAGUCCGAAGUUCGAUGACAACCUGAGCGGUCUCGCGUCAUUCGACUGCCGGAAUCUGAAUCGCCGAGCCAAGAUUGUCGCCAGCGGCGACCUGCUAACGCACGAACAGCGCCGAUACUACGACGGCGGUACCGACGACGACGUCUCUUUCAACGAGAGCGAGGCGGCGCGCAGCGACGGGGUUGUCUUUAACACUCUCGACGGCUUCGAAAACGAGAACGACCUACCACCUUUCUACCAUCAGGAUAUGAACCUGGAGAACCGCGAGACAGCGGUCUAUGAUGACGUACCGGAGGAUUCUCGCCGGACGCAGCAAGACUAUUUGCGCAAAAAUGAUGAGAGGAAGUUUAGUGCCGGCCAGAUCAAAAGGCCGCUCUCGCAGGACGAGGACGUGUCUCCGAAGAGUGGUCGAGUGCUCGAGAGUCCUGAAGUGACACCAGGUGAUGUCGGCAGGAUGCUGAAUCUUGGUAACGCUUUGGACGGACCCAGGCAAGCACAGGCCAACAAGUAUCUCAGCCUGGUGACGUUGCAUCUGCCGGUGAUACUCAGGCUCAGCGUUAAUUGUCCCUUCCAGAACGUUAGAAUCAAGUGCGCGGAGAUCCUCCAGAUGGUUAAGGAGAGAGGACUUCCAGUACCGGUGCCCGCCUUCGAUGGACCUAGUGCCUUCGUCCCUCUCUCGGAGGUAUCGACAGUAUAUCUUCCAGUAAACAACGACGGUGCUGGCGGAGAUAUUGUUCAUAGAAGCGACGAGCAUCUUCGGAAACCAAUUAAACCAACUGCUUCUCCGCGAGAGCGUAUUUCUGUCUUGCGAAUAUCGGAGAAUUGGAAUCUCGUGAUCUUCGUGUCUGAUUUACGAAUUCAGCGAGAAUCAAAGCGAUUUCGAAGCGUAAUUCUCUGA